CAGAUCUCCAGCACGGCAACGUAGUCACCUCCAUCGACAAAAUGACAUAUAUUCUCGCCUCGAAGGGUAAGAAUAGCGUUGUUGUUGUACCUUCUCGACCUGUACGACAAAAACGAUUUACUCACAAAACCAAAACAGGCUGCGCUGCCUGCCGGCGGCGUCGAAUCAAAUGCAAUGAAGCUCGUCCAGUGUGCCAUCGCUGCGUGAGGUCUGGCCUUGAGUGUGUCUAUCCUCAGAGCACAGCUCACAUAGAAUCAUCUAUUCCUCUGUUCCCCCAGCCGUCCACCACGCUGUGUCCCAUUGAGGUUGAGCCCAAUGGCCAGGAAGUGGACAUUUUUGGCGCAUUUCGCAGCUCCAUUGUCGGCAUGGUUGGUGGUAGCUUCAAUCAAUCCUUUUGGCUUGUUGAUGUACCACGGGCAGCGCAAAUGUAUCCUUCCAUAUGGCAUGCUGCUAUUGCUCUGACUGCUAUCCACCAUUGCGCAAAGUCGGACCAGGGAAGAAUUCGGUAUUCGGCACCCGGUCAGCCAGUGUCGCAUCUUGCUCGCAAUAACCAGUACACUACGGCCCUUGUGCACUUUAACAAAUCACUACGGUAUCUUUCUGAGGCCGUGGCACAAUAUCGAGACAACACGCCGUACAUGCAGAAAGAAAUGAUCAUCAUAACUAAUAUGAUAUACAUCGGUAUCUGUAGUAUUCUGGAGGAUACGAAGCAGACUACUCAGCAUCGUAUCAAUUUGAUAAGGCUACUGGAACAUUGGCGAUUCGGCGAGGAUGAUCCAGUUUCUCGCCACGGCGUCCUUACAUACGACGAUUUGCUCUCCAUCCUCUUGGUGAUUGAUGGGAAUAUGGAUGCAAGUGCAGAGCUCCCUCACCGACAGGAGCGUCCAUGGGCCGUUCAACUCCCCACUCAUGCCGGCUUCACGUCUACUACUCAAGCGUAUAUGGGGCUUUUACCCUUCUUGUAUCAUCGACUUUACGGUAAAGAACACUUUAGAGGGCCUGGAUUUGAUGGACCUGGAAAGUUUGCAACUCGCCGCCGUUUAUUGGCCUCGUAUGUUGCUAAACUGGAUCACUAUGAGCGCUCGACGAAGUACAUGACGACUCACGAUCUAGAAUCAUUAAAAACAAUCCGACUGAUACUGAAAGUCUACGGAAUGAAAGAAGAGCUUCUACGUAAAGAAACUAGAGAAUCGUUUGUCGAGGAGCAGCGGCGGAUAUAUCCCAUCCUUGGGGAGAUAGAUGAACUGCUUGCUCAAACAUCGCCCCUGGCAGAACCAUUCUCAACAACGACGCCACCGGUCAAUUUUUCACUUCGACCGUUUUGUGCAAUACAUCUCCUACUUGAAGUAUACAUGGACGGCUAUGUCGUGCGACGUAGUCUUGAAUUAUUUCAAAAAUGGCCGUUCAACGAUGUAGGAGAGACCAGUUUUCUGAUUCACAGUCUCUACCUGGCCAAACAAAAGUUCGAAGUCGGCGGCCCUGAACGCACAAUGAGCUACCAGAAAUCAGGACUCCCAAUAAAUCCAACCUAUCCCUUUGGUGGUCUAGAGGAAGGUGAAUUCGACGGAUGUAGCGGCUGCGAGUGUAUUGCAGAGGUUUUCGUUUGCAUCGAUCAUAGGGUUAGAGAACACAAGGUGCGAACUAUUGAGUCGCAGCAAUUUGCUCUGUUCCGAUGUGUUUACGAGAGUCGAAAUGACCUGCCAUGGACCUCAUUUCUGCUGGACUACUAGCGUCACAUAAGUUAUACGGCAGCAACGGGUAGCGAAUCUGAAGUUGCUGGAGAACUGUGACAAGGCGGGGAAGUUUAAUGCAAUUAACUUAAGCUCAUAUCUAUUCACUUCCUGCCGUAACACAAAAUCACACUGUUCCGUUCCAGUGAACCCAUGUUAAAAAAGCACAAGGAAAGGGGUUAUAGCUUGAUCUACGUCGUCGUCUGGUACAUACGACCAUAGAUACAGGAGAACUCGGGAUCCCGUCCGCUCUCCCAUAGAUAAGCCUGUAAUCGGCAGAUUAGUAGUUGGGUCGGUGACGACCAGCGAACACCGGCUGUUGUAUGUUUUUUAUCAUUUUUAUCCUUUUUGCUGCUUUGAAUACCUUGAAGUGCUUUCGUUCUUGAUAAUUACGAAGUAUGAGUCUUGGGAGGCGAUGCUCUUCAAGUGUUGUGGCUGGCCCGG